AUGAUUUCUGAUAUCGGGAAGUGGAGAAGAGCACAGGGCGUACUACCCAGCCCCGCUUCUCAUCGUCCUGCCAACUCCUCUACUCCACCGUUGUAUCCACCUUCUCCUCCUCCUCCUCCGCCUCCGCCUCCGCCGCCCGCGCCGCCGAAUCCAUGGGCAAAUCGUGCACCAAGCAACCAGCUAGCUUUGAUAUUGGGAGAUGUAUGGCCACACAGGCUCUUACACGUCGCUUCGAUGAGAUCACAUAUCAGACAAGACCGGAAUAGCUACAGCGGCAUCGAGGCGCCUCGGUACAACGUUCUGAGCUACACAUGGGGGUAUUACAAAGACGAAAAUGAGACUCCUAUUCCAGUCUAUGGUAUAGACUGGCCAAUUCCUGGGAUCAAGAGAAGUCAUUUCAUGGUGGAAACAUUUCAAAAUACCAUAAAGUCUGCUGCCAGGGGCGUCAAGCAUGCAUGCGAGUGGUUAUGGGUCGAUGUAGCGUGUAUCCCACAGGAACACAACGACGAAAGCAAACAAUCAAAGGACGUCCGUGAUCAGGAGAUCGGAAGACAGGUCGAAAUCUGUGACGGCUCAUGA